UCCCGAACACAGACUCAGAGAGGAGACAGACACCCGAGGUGCGGGAUGAGCGCGCAGGAUUACGCAUGCGUGACGGUGCGGGGUCGCGCGCCCUGGGGCUUCCAGCUACGCCAAAGUGACACGGAGUCGCACCGAUGUGUUCAGGUGCACCAGGUUGAAGAAGGCAGCCAUGCAUCCAUGGCUGGUCUGUGUAAGGAUGAUGAACUCGUGUCUGUUAAUGGAGUAUCUUGCUCCAGCCUCAGCCUUGCAGAAGUUAUUGUUCUCAUUGAGAAAGCCACUGACCUCCUACAACUGCUGGUAAAAAGAUGCUGUUUAUAUCCUCAACAGAAGUCUCAGUCAGUUAACACCACACUCCAGGCUUCCUGGAAGGAAUUGAGGGAGCCCUACAAAUCUGAGCAUCAGCUCGAAACACAUUAUGAAGAGACAAACAGUGAUACAGAGUGCCCUGCAGGGAACACCAUGGUCCGAACCCAGUUUUGCAUUCCAGCUCCCAAGGAUAGAGCUGGAACAGACCCCUUUGACUCUAGUGAUAGAGGGCCCAGGUUUGAAAUCACUCCAGGAGCUGUAGUGGAAUUGCAGUUGUCACUCUCUCAGACCACCCUGGAAGACACAGGCUGUACCUCAUUAGGAAGUGCUCGUGGAGUUAAAGGAGAAUUGUGCCAUCAACCAAACACUGAAAAUGAUGAGUGCACCACGAGUGCACCAGGCCGCUCUUUCUAUAUACCCCUGCAUGAGAGAGAGCCUCUGGGUCAGCGAGGCGUGCUUGUCAGUUCUCCUUCUGCUUUGCUGGGACAGGUGGAGGUUACCAUACAGCCAUCUGGGAGGGAAUCUGGAACAGAAAGAGUGGGGGCCGGUGGGACUGAGGCAACAGCUAAUGAACAACAGGAUUAUGCUGAAGGAGAAGGAGGGUACACUGACGAAGAUCCCACCUCCUUCUCUGUCUCCUUUGGAAUUCCAUCAGAAGAGGAGGACUCUGAGUCAGAGAGGGAGCUCAACAAGCCAAACAAGCACCGGGCAAGGCACGCCAGGCUCCGCCGAAGUGAAAGCCUGUCUGAGAAGCAGGUGAAGGAGGCCAAGUCUAAAUGCAAGCGUAUAGCCCUCCUCCUGACUACUGCUGCCCCCAACCCUAAUAACAAGGGUUUGUUAAUGUUCAAGAAACAUAGACAAAGGGCAAAGCAGUACACACUUGUAAGCUACGGAACUGGAGAGAAUGAGCCAGAAUUUGAGGAUGAAGACGAUGACUACAAUGACAAGGAAACACAUGCUGUUGAGUUCACAGUUCUAGCCACCAGUGAAACUGAAAUUGAUGAAGAUUUUUUCACAAAUUCCUCAGGCCAGAAGAAUAUUGUAACCUUUGAUUUGGAUACUGGACUGCUCGAGAUAGAGCGCAAGCUUCACAACCAAGAGGACAUGAAUGCACUCCCUGAAACCAAGGGCAAAGGAGCCCUGAUGUUUGCACAGCGCAGACAACGUAUUGAUGAAAUAGCAGCUGAACAUGAUGAGAUGAGAAGUAAAGGUAUUCCUGUUGAAGGUAUACAGGAAGCUGAGAAAAUCUACCAACAGGUGAAUCAGCACUCUUGCAUUCAGACUAAUGACAGCCAGAAUUACACUGAUGUAAAUGUGUAUCACCAACAGCAACCUCAGCAGUACCAACAAUACCAAGAACAGCAUUAUCAACAGCAACAGCAGCAUCAAUAUCAAGAAUACCAACAGCAGAUGCAGUACCAUCAGCAGCAACAGUAUUACCAGCAACAGCAGGAAUGCCAGCAAGAGCAACAAAAUCAGCCUCAACAGUACCAACAACAGCAGCAAAUGCAACAAUACUUUCAUAAUAUGAAUGGUGUGUCUAGUCACCAAACAAAUGUAGUGCAAUCAUCAGUCAUUAAUAGAAGUGCUAAACCGUUCUCAGUUCAGAAUAGAGCAGCAGCCCCAUUUCCCCCUUCUGUGAACCAACAGCAGACGUAUUAUUCAGAUGGACAAGGGGAACAAAUUGCUACCAGAGAUGAGCGAAUUUCUGUACCUGCAAUAAAAACAGGGAUCUUACAAGAUACAAGGAGAAAAAACAAAGCUAAACCCAUGUUCACUUUUAAAGAGCCUCAAAAAGUUUCCCCAAAUCCAGAGCUGCUGAAUCUUCUCAACAGGAAUGACAAGAAGGCAGGCUUUGAUUCUGGUAUGGAGGAGGAUUAUCUAAGCUUGGGGGCAGAGGCCUGCAACUUUUUACAAUCCACUAAACUAAAGAACAAAACUCCACCACCAGUUGCUCCCAAACCUCACAUACACCAAGUUACUCCUGUAUGGUCACCACAACCAGAAACUGCAAACCGGCAAUUUCAGCAAGAUGUUGAAAAUAAUAUCCCUGUAACUACCAGGGAUCCUGUCCCUGAAAUGGAGUCCACAGUCAUACCAGAGGAAGAGCCCUCCACAGCACCUGCUUCUGAUCAACAUGAAGCUUCUACUAAACUCUGCUCAGAGGUUCAACCAGAAGCAAUCAAUGCAUGGGGUCUAUCUGAGACACAAAUACAAUUAGGUCAGCAAAUAGGUACUUGGCAUGAAAAUCCAUCCCAGCCACAGUUACAUGCAAAGCCAGAGCCAGCUGUUAGCUCUUGGGGUCCAUCUUCAACUGAGGCUCUAGAGCAGCCACCAGUAACUGCUUGGGGUCCAGCAGAGGUUCCAUCACAAGUCCUUGCUCAGAAUCAGCCACAGAUGCAUCCACCUUGGGUGACACAAUCUCAAGUCCUUUCAGAAGUGGAACCACCCACAUCUUUUCAAACACAGUCACAGCCCCAGCCUUCCUGGGUGACACAAAAUCAACAACAACAUCAACCCCACUCUCAGUCUCAAAUUAAUACAUGGGUAACAGCUCCAAUUCAAUCAGCACACCAACCCCCAUGGGCCCAAAAUCAAGUGCCACGACAGGCAUCUGUCAGCACUUGGUCUCAAGAUCUAAAUCAACCCCAAGUACAGCCAUCCUGGACCCAACAGCAACAAGAAUCUCAACCAAUACCACCUUGGACAGCCUCUCAACAGCAUCCCCAGUCCCCUUGGAAUCAACCUCAGAGCCAGCCACAGCCUCAACCAACUUGGGUCUCUCAGACCCAACAGCAAACCUUGCCACAACCACCAGUUAAUACAUGGAAUCAAUCUCAGAGUCUAGUUCAAACACAACCUCCAUGGACUCAUCAGGCUCAACCAUCCUCUCAGCCUUCAGCACAAAUGCAGCAGCAACAGAAUCCUUGGACCUCAGUCCCCCCCCAGUUACAACCACAACCAACAUGGGCACAACAGACUCAAGAGCAUCCACAGCAAACAAUGAAUUCAUGGGUACCAGAGCAGAACAAAAUACAGCCCCCCUGGAAUCAGCCACAAUCUCCAACUCAGGCACAACCUCCAUGGUCUCAUCCACCUCAGCAACAGACACCACUACAGUCUCAGUUUCAAACAACUUUAAGUACAUGGACACCACAACCCCAGCAAGGUCCAGUCAUUACCAUGGGUUCUACUGAAAGUCAGAAGCUGGCUCAGCCAUCCAAACCAUGGAGUCCACCUCAGACCACUGAACCUCCUCCUCCACAUCAACUGAACUCAAAUACACCCAGAUCAAAGGUACCUUCACAAAUGCCUGGAAUGGGUUCAGCCUCUAGAAUGGGUUCAGCUUUUGAGAUGCCAGCCUUGCGAGGGAAAGGUGCUGAACUUUUUGCUAAGAGGCAAUCCAGAAUGGAAAAGUAUGUGGUGGAUUCUUCUACAGUGCAGGCUAACAAGGCAAUUGGAAGAAGCUCAUCACUAUCACCGCCAGUUAGACUGUCACCAUUGGGCCUUGGUUUCAGGUCUGCAUCUGUUUCCCCAUCACCCACACCUUCAUCUCACGCAACUUACACCUCUCGCUCAACAGAGAGACAGGUAUUCUGGUUGGAGAAGGGACGCAAGCCCCCAACCCCAUGGGAGGCAGCAUCACGCCACCCACUGGGUCUAGUGGAUGAAGCCUUUUCCCACCAGGACAUGCAACACUAUAUUGCUUCUAAUCUGCGCUCAGCAGCCCAUCGCAAAAUGCUACCCGAACCUCCAGCUGAGUGGAAGGCCAAGGUUUCCUAUGAGCCUCCGCAAAAGAGCCAGGGCUGGAGAAUGAGUCAGUCAUCUUUGUCUUUCCUUUCCCCAACCAAAAGCACAGCAUCUGCCCCUGCUGCUCCUGUACCAUAUGGAUCACCUUUGAGACGGUCUCAGCCACCGAGAUCUAUGACUGAGGCCAGUCUUGGCUCCUCUAUGUCUGGGCUACAGUGCAGAAGGCCUCUGGGACAGUCAGUAUAUAGAAGCACAUACAGUAACACCUGGAGACGGUAAAUUCAUGGUAGUAUUUUUAAUACUUGGGUUUCAAAAGACAGUGCAAAUACAGCAGGUUCUGAAUGCUUUUGUACAGAGUCGUUUUUAAAAGUAUCCUUGAAAGAAAUUACCUGUCACUGUAAUUUCUAAAAAGUAGAAGAGCAUGAUUGAACAUUUGAAAUGUUGUUUAUUGGGGGAUUUAGAAAAGUCUGAAAGAUGGAAAUGUUAGGUGCAGAAUAGCAGUUUGUUUAGCAGCUGAUGAUGAGGCAGAACUUCCAAAUGCUUGAAAUAUUGCAGUGCUUCGAUAUUGUAAUACAGUAAGAUGUGUAUACAAUACGUAAAUAAGUAUAUCACUGCCAGUUUUGUUACUAUAUGUUUUCAUAUACACAAUAAUCAAUCAUAUAAAUAACAAGUCCUAUUGGUGAAAGACUGGUGAGACUAGAUGAGAGGUUUCAUGGAAAAUAUUCCAUAUUUCCACAGCACAUUAGCAGCAUAUUAAGUUCACAUUCCAAAUUUCUACACUGCAUAAGUGGCAUGUUAAUAUGCUUUAAAAAAUAAAACCAAUUUCAGUAACUAAAAUUAAUGUUGGGCAAUAUUAAGUAAUACCUUUGCUAACAUGAUCAACAGACAAGCUACCACUUCAGUAAUGGCUAGUUCAUGUUAAUGUUGACAAAUUAACCUUAAAUAAUGCAUUUUUUAACAUGAAUAUCAUCAAUUAUAUAAAAUGAAUAGAGCCUAAAAAUAGUGUUUAGUAAUGCUUAUUACUGUACUUAACUCCAGGCAUAUUGCAUAUAAUGAACAAACCCUAAUUUCUGUUUACUAAUGGUUAAUAGGUGGUUGGGAUACAUUACUAUGACAUGAUCGGUUUUUAAUAUGUAGCAGUUUCCUUUGUUGGUACAUAAAUAAUUUCUAGCUUGCAAUACUACUAAAAUGGUAAUUUAAUAUUGGCUAUGGACAACAUUAACUAAUACAGUUAUUACUUGUCUACUUAACAUGAACUAGCCAUCAUCGAAGCUGUACCCUGUGUGCAUACUAGAAAGUGCAUUACUCAAUGCUACCUAAUGUUAGUUAGGUCAGUUCUUAUUGUAACCACAGUGUUACCACAAUUUUGUAUUUCGUAUAGGUUUCUAUUAUAUUAAGCAUUUUUCUUCUCAUAGGGUUGAAAAUGCAUGCAUUUAUUCACAUGCGUUCACAUGAACUGAGAGUUCAGCACAAACGUGAUUUUUUUUAUUGAUGUGGGGCUAUGAAACAAGCUGAAACUGUGGAAUUAUUGCAAUGUACUUAGGUGACAAAUAAUGUGAGACAGGUGGAAAAACCUACAUGGAGUAAUCUUAGUAAUGUAUUGUUAGUUAAUGCAUAACAGCCACUGUUUCUUCCCCUUUAAUUUGUCUACUGUCUGUAGUUGUUUCAUAUGUCCCACUUUUAUUUGCUCCAGUGUGUCACUGUUGUCAUUUUUACUUGAGAGCCCAAUGUGGCUCAUGCUACCUUAGCCCCUGUAGCAAAUUUAUGUGAGUUUCAAGCCACAGCAAAUCAUGUGUUUGUAUGAUGUUAUUUUAGCACACAGUUUAGUUUGUCAAGGGUGCCUUUCUCUUUUUUUUUGUCACAGUCCUGUUACCAAUUUCCCAAUAUUGCAUGCUCUCAUACUGUGUUUAGCGCAAAAGAUUUUCAUUAGCCUCUGAAGGUGACAAUGUAUAGUUUAUCAAUUGUUAGUUAGCUUUUAGCACUUUUUUUGCCAGAGAAAAGAUUUGUAAGAAAAGCACUUCUGAAUCCACAAUUAAAUUGAGAUUUGAGGUUCAGAUGAUGUUGCUUAGUAUUUUGUUAAAGUUCUCCUCUGAUUGGUUAACCUUCCUCAUUUUCUGUUAUACCAUGGUCACUAAGAAAUACAUAUACCUUUCUUCUUUGUUGACCCCUAUGUUGACAAAUGUGACACAAGAUUUUGUUUUUCACCUUUUUAAAAAUUAAAUAUGUAAAUUUGAGUGGAGUGCAAAAGUUUGCAUACCCUUAGACAGAGAAUAUAUUUCAUUUACAAAGAGGUAUUUAAUGUGCCACAUUCUUAGUUCUUUCUUGAUUAUAAGCAACAUAAAUGGUCAAAGAGUGUAUAUGAAGAGAAUACUAUAUUGUUCAGUAAUGUGCACCUUCUCAAUAUGUUAUAUAAAUAUUAUCUAAUAACUUGUAUGCCCACCCUUUGCUUUUAUAAAAGACUCAAAUCUCUUUCAUAUACAGUAGCUAUUCAUGUUAUUUCAUUUAGGGAAUCUUUGCUUUUAAGUAAUUCUUUAUAUAAAGGGAAGUUUUCAGGAAAAAAACAAAGGUUGUCCAAGGUGAGGAUUAUUUUUGACUGUUGCUUCAGUCAAAACUAUCUAUAGUUUUGAGCUCAAUAUAAAGUCUGAAUUUAUAAUACAAAGAAGAAAUACUCUACAUACAGUUUGUAAAAUGUGAAUUGCAGAAUUUUUUUUACAUUAAUCUGGUUUACUGUAACAGCUCCUGGCUCAUGCCUUUGUUGGUCACAUUUUGUUCCCUGUGUCACUGUCACGAAUGGGAGGUGAAGGAUGAUGCAAGUGCAGACAAUUUAUUAAAUAAAAUGCAAACAAACAAAGAAAAAACAAAAACCAUAAACAUGAACCGUGGAUACAAGGCAAAGCACAUACAGACUAUAGGCAAUACUGUAGCACACAUGACAACAAAUGAUAACUACAAGAAAUGCUUGAUGAUGAGACACUGAAAAAAAAUAGAACUUAAAUAGUUGUGCUAACAGGGCCUAAGGAGACACAGGUGAGAGUGAUUAAUGAGACGUGACAUGCAGGGGCUGAUGGGAAGUGUAGUUCUGUGACCCUUUGGCACUACCAUGACAAUCAUAUAUUAUUUUAGAGAUACUUAUAGUAAAACAGUUUCAUAAACAUACACUGUAUGGUCAAAAGUAUGUGGACACCUGACUAUCACACACACAUAUGUGGUUCUUCCCCAAACUGGUGCCACGAAGUUGGAAGCACACAAUUGUAUAGGAUGUCUUUGUAUGCUGUAGCAUUAAGAUUUCCCUUCACUGGAACUAAUGGGCCCAAACCUAUUUCAUCAUGACAAUGCCCUUGUGUACAAAGCAAACUCCAUAAAGUCAUGGUUUGCCAAGAUUGGUGUGGAAGAACUCGAGUGGCCUGCACAGAGCCCUGACCUCAACCACACUGAACACCUUUGUGAUGAAUUUGAAUGCGCUCCAGGCCUCCUUGCCCUACAUGAGCUCUCAACCUCACUAAUGAAUGGUCAUAUCCCCACAGCCAAGCGUCAAAAUCUAGUGGAAAGCCUUCCCAGAAGAAUAGAGGUUAUUAUAACAUCAAAGGGGGACUAAAUCUGGAUGAAACCUGGAUGUUCAAAAAGCAUAUGUGAGUGUGAUGGUCAGGAGUUCGCACUUCUGGCUAUAUAUUGUACAUUCACAUAUAAAAAAUAUUAAUUAAUACAAAUGUUGCUAUUUGAGUGAUUUACAACACACAAAUGCAAUAAAUAAAUAUAUAUGUACAGUCCCCUCAGAAACUAUUGGAACAGCAAGGGCAAUUGUCUUUUUUUUUUUUUUGAGAUCAAAAGAUGAAUAUAUAAAGAGAGUGUAGAAUUUUCUGGUAUUUGUAUAUAGAUGUGUUAAAUGCCAUAGAACAUAGCACAUUUUGUAUUAGCCCGCCUAACUUGUAGGAAAACAAUAUUGGAACAUGUGACUGACAAUUGUUUCUUGUUACCCAGGUAUGUCUUGUUAGAUUGAUUGUUGAAACAAUAAAUAUCUCUGAACAUCUA